AUGCACGACCAACCACAUAACGCCAGCAGGCUCGCUGGUUCCGCUACCGAGACCACCUGGAGAACAUCUCCAACUAUACGCUUAUCGGCGCCAACAAGCAGUCCCCGCCACAGCCCGAUAUUACAAGAGUCAGAACCGCCGUGGGUGGUGAUCGCCGGCCACAACUACGGAGAAGGUUCCUCGCGCGAGCACGCCGCUUUGCAGCCGCGGUACCUGGGGGGCGUGGCGAUCAUCGCGAAGUCAUUUGCGCGUAUCCACGAGGCGAACCUGAAGAAGCAGGGGAUGCUGGUCUUGACAGUCGCCGAUGAGACGGAUUAUGAUCGGAUCCACGCGUCGGAUCGCGUGAGUUUCCUCGGGUGACGGAGUUGGCGCCGGGUAGAAAUUUGACGUUGAGGGUGGUGUCGGCGCGGGGGGGACCUGGGAGACGGAACUGCGGCAUACGUUUACCGAGGAGCAGAUUGAGUAUUCUCGGGUGGGGAGUGCGUUGAAUUUGAUGGGGGUGGAGCUGACGGUGCUCUUUAGAUCUUGUAUACAAAUUUCCAUCUCACGGGAGUGAUUUGAGCACGUAGAGGUCUGGGGUGGGGAGCUUGGGGGGUGAGGUGUUUGAGG